AUGCAGGUCGCGUUGCGCGCGCUGACGCCCGAAGAGGCGCGGCUGCGCAACCUCGUCUACGCCGCGAACGUGUACCUCGACAUGAACCAGGAGGUCUACAAGGUGUUCGAAGAUGGCGAAAAAGUGCUCGUCAACUCGCACCUGUACAGCGACCUGUUCAUCGGAAAGCUGCCGGUGAUGCUGCGCUCGCAGCUGUGCUAUCUGCACAAACUCGACGACGCGGGCCGCGUCGCGCUGAACGAGUGCCGCUACGACCAGGGCGGCUACUUCAUCGUCAACGGCACGGAAAAGGUGCUGAUCGCGCAGGAGCGCAUGGCGAGCAACAUGAUGGCCGUGCAGCGCGAUAACUACUACGCGACCAGCGUGUUCAGUCUGCAACUCACGGCCGCCACGCAGGGCAAGGGAAGUCGCAUCGUCGUGACGCUGCCGUACAUCCGCGCGCCGAUCCCGCUCUGCGUGCUGUUCCGCGCGCUCGGCAUCGAGAGUGACCGCGGCAUCGUCGAACGCAUUCUGCACGAGUUCGACGACCAGGAGAUGUACAAGUUGCUGCUACCCUCUUUCCAAGACGUCUCCAGCGAGUUGACCUACCUCGCCGCGCUCGACUAUAUCGGCAAGCGCGGGCCAACGCUCGGCGCCGCGCAGGACGCGCGCAUCCGUUACGCGCAAGACUUGCUCGACCGCGAACUGUUUGCGCAUAUCGGCGUCUCGCGCGACCUGCUCGACCGCAAGUCGUGGUUCCUCGGCGACGUCGUGUACCGGCUCUUGCUGCGCGUGCUGAACCGCGAGCAGGAGGACGACCGCGACCACUUCGCGCGCAAGCGCAUCGAGCUCGCCGGCGUGCUGAUCGCCAGCUCAUUCGGCACCUUCUUCUUCAAGCUGAUGAAGGACGUCGGCAAAAGCUUGCGGCGCUACAUCGAGAAUAACCGCGCGUUUGACCUCGCGAGCAUCGUGCGCACGCUCUCGCCGAUUACGCACGGGCUCAAGUACCAGAUCGCGACCGGCAACUGGGGGCGCAACAAGGAGGGCAACGUCGUGCGCACCGGCGUCAGCCAGGUCGUCAACCGGCUGACCUACAUGUCCGCGCUCUCGCACUUGCGCCGGCUGAACACGCCGCUGGGCCGCGACGGCAAGUUCGCAAAGCCGCGCCAGCUGCACAACACGCACUGGGGCAUGAUCUGCCCCGCCGAGACGCCCGAGGGGCAGGCGGUCGGGCUCGUCAAGAACUUGGCGCUCGCCUGCCGCGUGACCGUCGGCUUCUCGCCGGAGCCCGUAAUCGAGCUGCUCAAGCAGGCCGGCAUGCGGCUGCACGAGGACUGCACCGUUGCCGAGCUGCAGACUACUGCGCGCGUCUUCGUCAACGGCGUCUGGGUCGGCUGCUACGCAUCCGGAGCGCAGAUCGCGAACUUGCUGCGUUACGUGCGCCGCCAGGGCGAGAUCGACUCGGAGACCUCAAUCGUGUACAACAUGCGGCUGAACGAGGUGCGCAUUCUGACCGACGGCGGUCGCACGCUGCGCCCGCUCUUCGUCGUCGAGAAUAACAACCUGAGCCUCACGCGCUACCAUGUCGCGAGCGCUGCGCGCUCCGAGUCGCCCUGGCAGUACCUGCUGAACCGCGGCUUCGUCGAGUUUUUGGACUGCGCCGAAGAAGAGGUGUCGAUGAUCGCGAUGUUCGUGACGGACUUGCACACUGACCCCGCGCAGAAGAACGUCGCGAGCUACACGCAUUGCGAGAUUCACCCGAGCCUGAUCUUCGGUGUCUGCGCGAGCUUGAUUCCGUUCCCCGACCACAACCAGUCGCCGCGCAACGUCUACCAGAGCGCGAUGGGCAAGCAGGCGAUUGGCGUGUACAUGUCGAACUUCGGCAUCCGCUUCGACUCGUCCGCGCACGUGCUGUUCUACACGCAGAAGCCGCUCGUCUGCACGCGCGGCGUGAAAUACUUCAAGUUCAAAAACAUCCCGUCCGGCGUCAACUGCAUCGUCGCGAUUUGCUGCUACACCGGCUACAACCAGGAGGACUCGCUGAUCAUGUCGCAAAGCGCCAUCGAGCGCGGUCUGUUUCGCAGCAUGUUCCUGCGCACCUACGUGGCCGAGGAGCGGCUGCGCGGCUCCGUGCUGAUUGAGCAGUUCGAGAAACCCGACCCGACCGUCUGCGCUGGGCUCAAACGCGGCGACUACGGCAAGCUCGAAGACGACGGCUUGGUCUCGCCGGGCUGCUUCGUGCUCGGCGACGACAUCAUCAUCGGCAAAACGCUGCCGAUCCCCGCCGCAGAGUGCGCGAUCGGCAAGAAGUCGAAGCGCGACGCGUCGACCAUUUUGCGCUCCAACGAGAACGGCGUGAUCGACAGCGUGCUGCUCAGCUGCGGCGUGAAGGGCACGCGCUUCGCGAAAGUCAAAGUACGCAGCAUUCGCGUGCCGCAGAUUGGCGACAAGUUCGCCUCGCGCCACGGGCAGAAAGGCACCAUUGGGUUCACGCUGCGCCAAGAAGACCUGCCGUUUUCGCCGGACGGCAUCACGCCCGACUUGUUGAUGAACCCGCACGCCGUGCCCUCGCGCAUGACCAUUGGACAUUUGGUAGAGUGCUUCUUGGGCAAGUACUACUCGGUCGUCGGCGGCGAAGGCGACGCGACCCCGUUCUGUGGACAGAGCGUUAAGCAGAUCAGCGAAUGGAUGAUGUCAAUCCGCUUCCACCGCUACGGCAACGAGCGGCUGUACAACGGCUUUAGCGGCUACCUGCUCGAGAACAUGAUCUUCUUCGGGCCUACGUACUACCAACGGCUCAAGCACAUGGUCGACGACAAGGUGCACAGCCGCGCGCGCGGCCCCAUUGCUGCGCUUACGCGGCAGCCCAUGGAAGGCCGGCUGCGCGCGGGCGGGCUGCGCUUCGGCGAAAUGGAGCGCGACUGCAUGAUUUCGCACGGAGCCGCUCGCAUCCUCAAAGAGCGCCUCUUCGACUUGUCCGACGCGUACACUGCGCACGUCUGCGACAACUGCGGCCUUUUCGCCGUCGCAGACCUCAAGCAAGGCCUCUACAGCUGCACCGGAUGCGCGGAGAAGCAGCAGAUCAGCAAAGUGGCGCUGCCCUACGCGUGCAAGCUGCUGCUGCAAGAGCUCAGCGGCAUGCAGAUCUACCCGCGGCUCGUGCUUCAGUCGACUUAG